AUGGGAAUGGAGUAUGCCCCUAACAACAUGCACCAAAUGAUACGAGGGUAUGCGGACAUCGGUUUGACUAUGCCCACUGAAUACGCUAAACUUUACACUUAUCAAAUGUUCCGAGCACUAGGAUACAUGCACGCUUUGGGUCUGUGUCAUCGAGACAUCAAACCUCGAAAUCUACUCGUCUAUCCUAACUGGGGGGUGUUGAAAUUAUGUGAUUUUGGAAGUGCUAAGAAUCUCAACGACGGAAGACCCAAUGCUUUGUACAUAUGCUCGAGGCAUUACCGUGCGCCAGAACUACUUUUUGGUACCAGGAACUAUACGGUAGCUGUGGACAUAUGGAGUGCAGGAUGUGUGUACGCAGAACUGAUAUUGGGAAGAAUUCUAUAUCCGGGUAAGACUGUCGCAGAACAACGGAACUUAGUCACCAGACAACUUCCAAAAGAACUCAUAGAGAUAGCACCACCCGACGUAGUCGAACUGGUAAUAUCAACUUUAAGUCUAAAGGCUUCUCUUAGACCAUCGGCUUUUGAGAGUUGCGCCUACCGAUGUUACGACCAACUUCGUUAUGGAGAUAUCCUAAUUCCUAAUGAUCAACCUUUACCACCCCUUUUUAACUUCAACCACACGGAAGUCAAAGCUGCCGGUAUUCUAAUUAAAGAACUCUUGCCCAGACAAUUAUUAUGA